AUGUCCUCUAUCAAGCCCCUCAUCCUCCACGCUCAUACCACCGGCCCCAACCCCUUCAAGGUGGCCAUCCUUCUUGAGGCUCUCAACAUCCCAUACACCGUCAAGCUCUGGCAGUUUGGCGAUGCACCCAAUGGUGUCAAAGGCGAACGCUUCCUCAAGAUCAACCCCAAUGGCCGCGUUCCCGCUUUGGAAGAUCCUAACACCAAUGUCACUAGCUGGGAAAGUUUGGCCUGCAUGAACUACAUUCUCCGCAUUUAUGAUUCCGAGAACAAGUUCGGCGCACGUCAGGAAGCAGGCGAGCAAGGACGAGCUGACGUCGACGCGUGGACCAGCUUCCUUGUUAGUACUCUGGGACCAUUCCUUGGUCAGUGUAAUUGGUUCCGACAUUAUAACAAUGUCAAGAAUGAGAAUGCGUAUGAGAGAUAUCAAGCCCAGGCAUACCGAUGCUUUGGAGUUUUGGAGAAGCAGCUGAAGAAACACGACGGAGACUGGAUCUUGGCCGGGGAUAGGCCAAAUGUUGUCGACUUUCACUUUGAACCUUGGAUGAGACAGUAUGAGUAUGCUGGAUUGAGUCUGAAUGAUUAUCCCAAGGUGAAGGCUUGGUUGGAUCGUGUUCAGGCGUUGCCCGAGGUGAAGCGAGCGUAUGAGAAGGUCAAGGCUGGGGAGGAGGUCUAA